UGUUCUAGCUAUAUUACACAUGGACUUGCAUACACAUCACUUUCCCUCUGCUUCGUUCUAAUUUCUCUCUCUCAAUGGACCUUGGAACAACGAUCGGAACACAGAUCGGGAAUGAGAUCGGAACAGAGAUCAGACCAGAGACAUGCCAAGAAGAUCAGCAGAGACAUGUUUUUCAAGAAUACCAAGAACCUCUCCGAUACACCACAUGGGUUUUGAGAGUUUCUAUCCACUGCGAAGGAUGUAAGAGGAAAAUAAAGAAACUAUUGAGCAAGAUCGAUGGUGUAUACACAACGAAUAUUGACGUGAAGCAACAAAAAGUAACGGUGGUUGGAAACGUAGAACCAGAGCUUCUGAUAAAGAAGAUCAUGAAAGCCGGUAGACACGCCGAGCUAUGGCCGAUGGAUAACAACAACAACGAGUGUAGUAACUACCAGCAGAGAGAAAAGAAACCAAAGAAACCUAAAAACGAAGAUGAUGAUAGCAGCGAAGACGACGAAGACGACGGUAACAACAACAACAACAACAACGGCGGCGGGAUGAUUGACGGCGGAACAUGCAUUGGCGGACCUCCCGGAGGCGGUGGUGAUCAGGUGAAACAAGUUGUGACGUUUGUAAACGGACAACCUCAACCACAGUCCGGUGGAGAUGGAGCUCCGAAGAAGAAGAAGAAAAAGAAAAAGAAGAAGAAGAGUACGACGGUGGUGAUGGAAGGAGGAGGAGGAGGCGGUGGUGGUGGUGGUCCUCCGCCGCAGAACAAUGGACCACCAGAGACAGUGAUAUACUCUGCUCCACCACCAGAACAGUACCAUCCCCAUCCUACUCAUCAGCAGCAUUCGUAUCCGACGGCUCACAGUCCUCCACGUCAUUACCAACAGCAAACGUACGGUCCUCCUCCUCCUACGUAUUAUCACUCGCAGCCUCAAACGGCGCCGUCUUACACCGUGAGCUACAAUACGGCGCACGGGCCGGGUCAAAAUGGGCCUAGUCAGAACGGCGGGAAUGACAAUGCGCCGUCGUAUUACGCUGCUCCUCCCUCGUAUUAUUCUUACGAGUACGUGGACACGGGAUACGAAUCUCCACCGCCCGAAUUUUAUUCGUACAGAUCUCAGCCGUGCGAAUCAUUUGAGGCACUCAGCGAAGGCAAUCCAAACGCUUGUUGCGUCAUGUGAUUGGUUUAAAAAGUUUUAGAAUCAAAAUGGUGGCAUCUUGUUAAUGCCUAACGAGUUGUUGUUACUAGAGUGGGCACUUUCAUAAGCAAUCACUGAAAUCAAUCUCCAUAGUAAAAUUUAAUUAAAUCAGAUAUGUAUACCUUGGAUAAAAAAAUUUGGCAAAAUGAAAUUUGAGGUUACAUAUAAGACA